UUUAAUCACAUGAGCCGUUUCCGUCAAUAUUAUCAUAUGAGGAAAAACGUCAAUUUCUAAAAGAAAAAAUCCAAAAUAUGGAGGCGAAACCAUCAAGUAAACAGACAGGGAUGUCCCUGUUUCCUGUUUACGCUAUAACACUGUUAUUGGGGAUAACUGCUAUCAUCAUUAUAGUUAUGUAUUAUAUGUUGACAGGAAGAGGAACACGUUUUGAUAUUGGAUGGUUUUUGUCAGAGACUUCACCAUAUAUGUGGGGGUCUAUUGGAGUUGGUUUAUGUAUAUCUUUGUCAGUUGUAGGAGCCGCAUGGGGAAUAUUUACUACAGGGUCUAGCAUUUUAGGAGGAGGUGUAAAAGCUCCAAGGAUCAAAACAAAGAACUUAAUUAGCAUUAUUUUCUGUGAGGCUGUAGCUAUCUAUGGAAUUAUUUUAGCUAUAGUUAUUGGAAAUAAACUUGGGAAAUAUGAUCCACUGGAAUCCAACCUAGAUGUGAUUAGGGACAGUCAUUAUGCAGGCUUCCAGAUCUUUGCAGCAGGAAUUAAUGUAGGUAUAUGUAACCUUGCCUGUGGAUUGUGUGUGGGUAUUGUUGGAUCUGGUGCAGCAUUAGCAGAUGCUCAGAACUCUGCUCUCUUUGUUAAAAUUCUAAUCAUUGAAAUCUUUGGAAGUGCUAUUGGUCUUUUUGGAAUUAUUGUUGCCAUUUUACAGAUUUCCAGUGCAAAAAUGGGAGUUCAAUAAACAAAACAUAGGUAGUCAUAGACACUGUAAAGAGUCCCAGGAUAUGUAUUCAGAAUUAUGUCUAGUGUAGUUACUUGUGAAUUUUACUUGAACAUGGAUGCUUUAGAUCUAUUAAUGUUGUCUCAAAAUGUAUGGAGUUUUCAUAGUUAAAUUUAUUAGAUGUACAAUAACAUUACAGGUUUAAUAAGAUCACUGCUUGGAAAUAUUUAACAUCAUGUGAUUACACAAAAACUACAUUGUCAUGCAAAUGUGGACUAUUAAGGUUCAAGAUUUAGAAUAUUUUAGGGUAAUUUUAUUGUGUAGAAAAAGUUCUACAUCUUGGUUUAUAAAUGCAUUUAAUAUUAAGUAAAAGCUAAAUUUAUUAAAACAAAAGUAAAUAUUUAAUUCAUUUAAGUUAGAAAUAUAGCUUCACCAUGUUAUAGUUGAUAUAAGAAAACUGUUAGCCAAAAAUAAAACUGAAACAGUUUUAUAGAAAGAAUAUGUUCAUGACAUUUUGUGUCUAUAUAAUGUAUUAUUGUGAUAUAUAUAUAUAUAUGUUUUGUAUUGAAACACAUUCCUUAUACAUGUACAUAAAAUUAUACAUACAACCACUUGUUAGAAGUAGUGAAAGAAAUUUUAAAAUCAUUCAUUGAAUUUAUUUUCCAUUGUGAUUUUAAUAAAUUUAAUAUUCUGUAUCCAAAUUUCAUAUUUGAAAUUUUCUGGAUAGAAAACUAACAGUAGGAAAAGCAGGAUUAAAAAAAAACAAAACAUGAUUAUCUUUUACCACCUGUGAUUAACAGGUGAUAGGUGUUGUUUUCAAAACUGUUUUCCAUACAGUAUGAAUAGCCAAUAUGAAGAAAUGAGAGGGAGUCUGUUGAUAAUGGAUUGAUUGUAAUAAUAAUGUUACAGUAAUAAUAAAUCUUUACAUCUUA